GGGCAAUGGCUGCCACACUCAAGAUCGCUCCUUCCAUUGUUGGCUCCUGCCCCAGCAGAAAUGUGUCAGUCACUACAUAGCUGCGAUACACUUCCCAAAGGAAACCGAACAACAACAUCUGUUACCUCGCAUUUUCAAUUACAAACCUGGUCGUGCUGUCGUACUCUAUCGAGAUGCAUAACUUCGCGUGUACCCUCAGCCUGGCGCUGCUCCUAGGCAUCGUACAGUGCCAGUAUGAGAAGCUCUUUACGGACAAGGCAGCAUUUGUCGACCAUCCAUACCCUACGAUCCCCAUUCAGUGCACCGAGCUUGGCCCAUCCGGUUCUUAUCUGGACAGCGAUCACACUCAAGAAGGUGCAGGAUACUUUCCGGCUUUGUCGUGGCCAUCUCCGACCGAAGACACCAAGGAGUAUGUUCUCAUCAGCGAGGAUCCUGAUGCGCCGUUUAACGUUUCUGUCAUCCACGGCCUGUACUACGGGAUUCCGCGAGUAUUCACUGGUCUUCAGUACCCGGACUUUGAGAUCGAUAACACUAGAGGCCAACCAUUCAUGCUCCGGGGAGGAUUCAAAUAUGGGCAGAACCGCAGAGGCAGUGUAUACCUUGCACCCCGUGCACCUCACGGGCAAGGUCCGCACCGAUACUUUUUCGAACUGGUAGCGUUGAAUGAAACGAUUGACCAAAAUACGCUCAGCUCUCCAGCAACGGUGGACGAUAUCGCACGCGCUGUGGAGGGCAAAGUUGCCGGAUGGGGUGCAUGGAUGGGUUUAUGGGAGAAGUAACGUUAUGUUUGAACUUCCGAGACGUUUAAGUGAUAGGAUUAUCCUGAUAACAGGGCGGUUGUAUUGUCUGUUGGGUUAUAUUUGAUGACUGGAAGAACGGCUCUGAAGUUGAUACCCAGGAGUACCACUACAUCCUACAUUGAAGAUGUGGCUGAUGAACUUUUAACGAGCAAUUCGGAC